GACUGGAUUCCAGCUGGCAGCCUGAGAGGAUAUGCCUGUGAUCUCACACUGGAUCCAAACACAGCGUACAGAAAGCUCCGUCUGUCUAAGCACAACAAGAAGGUGAUGAGGGAGAUCGAGCAGAAGCAUCCUGAUCACCCAGACAGAUUUGACCAGAAGCCUCAGGUUCUGUGUAGAGAAGGUCUGACUGGGCGAUGUUACUGGGAGGUCCAGUGGAGUGGAGAGGUUUAUAUAGCAGUGACUUACAGAGGAAUCACAAGAAGAGGUGAUGAGUCUGUGCUUGGAUACAAUAAACAGUCCUGGAGUCUGAGGUGCUGUGAUGAUGAUAACAGCUACUCUGCCAGACACAACCCUGAGUUCACCAGCAUCUCUGUCCGUCCUGGUGGAUCUCACAGAGUAGCAGUGUAUCUGGACUGCUCUGCUGGGACUCUGUCCUUCUACAGAGUCUCUUCUGACAGACUGAGACUCCUGCACACCUUCAGCUCCACCUUCACUGAGCCGCUCCUCCCUGGGUUUACUUUGUGGUAUUCUGAGCCUUCUAGUGAGGUUGAGCUGCCAGUUUGUCAGAAACAAACACUGACCUGAAAGGGUUUAGAACAUGUUUGGCUGAUUUGUGGUUUAUAGUUGUUUUUUUUUUUUUUUUAAUUGUUCACACAUGAUUGAUUGGACAGGUUUAUAAAAAUAAUGAGUCAUUAAAAUGUUUGUAUAUUCAAAUCUUAGGGCUCUAGUUUCCC